CAGCACAAUAGAGCUACUGGGCUAAUAUGCUAAGAUCUUUUGCUAGCUGGCUAGCCCGUUUGUUUAAGAAGUAACGGUUUAAAAUUUCAGAUUAUAAUUGUAUAAAUGUGGUUUGCUUAUUUAGUUUCCUAAUAUAAAUCUGUCUAUGCGUCGAAUUUAAUUCAGACAUUAGUGUUUCGUGUAAGGUUUUGGUUUAGCCCGCUAACGCAACUCCAGUUCACUUUGAACGAAGCUGCUAACUUCUUAGCGAAUUAACCUGUGAGGUAAACCAGCGCUGCGUGUAUGCUGGCUAGCUGUUUGACAUAAGGAGUCUGUGGCUUCGUUGCUGCAGUUUUAACGUUUUAUUCUUCGCUAAUUAUAUUAUUUAGUGAUUAUAUUCGCUUGUAAAGUCUACUGAAUAUUAGCCCGUUUCAUAAUUAACACUUAAAUCAGGUUUUCUGCUUUAGCAAAAGAAAACUACUCAAAAUUGAUUGAGCUAGAUCACUUUUUUCUCGUUGAAGGCUAAGCUAGCUAGCUACGACUUGGCUAGCUAGCUAGCUUGGCUAGCUUUUAAGCUAAAUGCUUCUUACGAGAAUGGACCUUUUGAGCCACCAAUUUAUGGAUAAAAUGAACAACAACAUCGGAAGACUCCACUACGAUUCUUAUGAUGAUGAUUCUGGGGACUCCAGGAUGCACACACUGUCCUCGUCCACAGGAAACAGCAGGACAGGGACACCCAUAAGCCCCAUUAAAAGAAAGUUCGAUGAUGUGGAAGUGGGCAGUGGUCAGGAGUACGAAAAUGAACAAAUGGCCAAGAUGAGCUGCUUGAUUUCCUCUCACCUGGGAAAUCCGGUGGAUGGAGACACCAGGCAAGAACCUUGGACCCACUGCCACAACUUGUUUGAGCACGCUUCCUCUGCCAUCAGCGGGCUCCAUGCCGGCCGUCUGUAUUCUCCGUUCCACUUCUACGCCAUGGAGCAGCCGCUGGCUCUGACCAAAAACAGCACGGACACAGCCAGGUCCUCUUUCCUCCCGUCGCUCAGCUCCACAGAGCGACAGCAGAAUCGUCCAUCUGUGAUCACAUGUGCUCCGGCCAGUAACCGCACAUGCAGUCUCUCAAACUGUCACAUGUCUCCAAACGGCUUCACCGCCGUCAGUAACGUCAAGAGCAAAGCUAAUGCUAACGCUGUGUGUGAUCCCGUGAUCGAGGAACAUUUCCGACGCAGCCUGGGGAACAUCUACAGAGAGCCGGAGGUGGCGUCUAACUCUGUGUCCAUCACCGGGUCAGUGGAUGAUCACUUCGCCCAGGCACUGGGAGACACCUGGUUACAGAUUAAAGCCAAGGGCAGUGGCUCCGGGAGUCCUGAGUCCACUUCAUAAAGUUCUUCAUCAGACCCAUCUGAACCUUAUGGGUUGGUUUGUCCUGGGUUAAACUCCUUUCACAUCAAGUCUGAGCUCAGAAAUUCUUCUUAUUUUUUAUUAUUGUUAGUGUUUUUAUUUUGGCUGAGCAGGCUGUCUUCCAUGCUCAAUGUGUAAUUUUUUUUAGGCUUUAGAUUGGAUCAGUAAUUUCCCUCUCAGAUGUUAGACCAUAAGGAUGGACACAGUUGUGCAGGAAUGUUGGCACUGCAUUUAGAUCAGCAGUAUGUCAUGUUUAAAGCUGUUCAUUCAGCUGCUUCUCAGUUGGUUUAUGCCACACAGCACACCCUGAGGUCUGAUUUGUAUUUCUGUACAAAUUGAUUUUUUUCUGUUUUAUUUAAAAUAGAAAAAGUAAAAGCUGUUUAAACUUGACUCAGAACCAGUACCAGCACAUACCAUUAAACAGAACCAGCCAGCAAUCCAUUACCUUUAUCAAGCUACAUUGCAGUAAAACACUACAGAUUUUAUUUUUAAGGGUGUUUUUACACUUUUAUUCUUUUGGUCUAGUCCAGAGGUGUCAAAUCUCAUUCCAAUCAAGCCAGAGCCACACCUGUUUAAUCAACUGGCCUUGGCUUUCAGUGGACUCAGGUGUGUCUUCUGCUCGGUUGGAAUGAAGACCUGCACCACACCGGACCUUUGCGGAUAAGACUGGACACUCCUGGUUCAGUCUGAAUCUGAGUAAAACUGGUUCUUUUGGUUAGUUUUCUAUUUGGCACCUUUUACAAAUUAAAAUGUUGGUAAUGUCUGAGGUGUUUAGGGGUGACAUAAGAACUCAUACUAAUCUUAACCAGGCGCUAAAGGGAAGAUUGAUCAUUUAUAAAAAUAACUUGGUUGUGUUUAUUUUUUGUCAUCUCCAAAACUACUAUCAGUUUAACAGUUCGGGGGGGGGGAAGCCAGUUUGAUUCACUUCCUGCAGUGAGUCGAUACAGAGUCGAAUCACUUUCUCACUGGAGUUCAUUUCAUUCGUACUCCCGUCGUUCAGACUGUCUGACCCUAGUGUAACUGCCCACUGUGUUCUCACAGGAGAACACAUCAGGGUUCACUAAACAUUACAGAGCAGGAGAGUUUCCUGUACAUUGUGGUCAGCGUAAUGCCACGCUGGACCCCCAGAGACAGGGUCUGAUAACACACACUAAUUUCAGUGUUUCAUACACAUUCGCAUAUUUGCAGAACCAUAAAUCAGACCAAAAAGGGGUGGGGCUUAGCCUUGAGCUGUGGAUGUGGGUGGAGCUAAUUGUGUAAACAGAAGCAUGCGUCUACAGAAUGUAAACCUUUUAACCUUUACAAAUGCUUUUAGGACAUUUAGAAUGAAAGUUAUUAUUACUCUGAUAAAGUGUAAUCAUCAUUUUCACUUGAACGCCACCUAGUGCCCAUUUCAAAAAUAAUUUCAGAUUCUUCACCAAGAGUAGACUCGAUGUCCUUCCAGCAGGGUCUCGGUCCUGUGGUGUAACAAUGCAGUGCCUUGUCCAGUCUGAUCCUGAUACACCUACAGGAGAAUCUUUUUUCUUUUUUUUUUUAAUCAGAGAAACAUGUACAGGACUUGGUGUGAAAGGCUUCACACACGUUUUCGAACAAUAGAUUUAUGCCAACAGGGCCGUGAACAAAUAUCAGUCAUGGGGUUUGUUUUGAAUAUUUUUUUUUUAAAAAGGCUGCCAAAGAAGCUUUCUUCUGUUUUGAUACGUGUGCUGUAUUUUAUAACCUUCUCAAACGUGCAGAUUUUUAGAUUUAAAACACAACUCCAAGAGCAUCUUCUGAUUCUGUUAGCUGAAUGAAUCACACUGAGUUUUCACAUCAUUCUACAUUUAUUCACAGAUUCUCAACACAGCAGUAAGAUACACAGCAUCCCGGGCUCUGGACUGAGGAUGUCUUUAACUUUUCAUCUCUAAUCCACACUCAUUAACCUGACACAAAAAUCCCUUGUCUAUUUUAUUCCUAAUCUUUAAUCUGCUUAAAUAUGUACUUUAAAUAGCUGGUAUCUAUUACACACAGACUUCUAUCUUUAUACCGUUGGUUCUUAGUUUUAUUUUUUAAUCAGUAACGGUUAUAGAAAGUCCUGCUGCUGGAACAGUGUACUCGAUAUAUUUUUUUAACAAUUGUCUUUUAGAUACAAUGGCACCUCGCUUCGAAGCACAGCCUCUGGAAAGGCAUUUACAUGCAGUAUACACAGCUUUUAAAAAAACCCAUUUCACUUAUACACAGUUUUAUAAGGCUUUUUUACAGGACUGAGUGAGAUGAGCAGCAGCUUUACUGCACCAUUUCUUUACCACACUAGACUUUCAUUAUCAGAUUGCGCAGUGACCCGAUUCUGGAACAGCUGUGUGCCGAUAUCUAGUCUCACAUUUCAUCAUGUUAUCACAGUAAUUUAAAAAGAGGUGUGUUUUUCCUCAUGCAGUAAAUAUGAUAUUCUCCAUGAUGGAUAUAAUUGAUUGCAAACAGAUUUUAGGAUAUAAAUCUAAACUAACAUUUUAACACGCACUAUUUCAGAAUUUCACUUCAUACAUUUGUGUGUGUGUGUGUUUAAUUAUCACUCAAAAUACACCUUCUUUUCCCUCUUUCUGAGAAGUUGCCCCUCCUUCUCCUCUCCAUGUUGCGUCAGUCACAUGUUUCAGUCAGUGCUCUCUCAUCUCAUCUGGACUCACUCUUCAGUGAUGUGCUUUCUGUCACAGUAAAUGUUUUAAAUAAAAAAUAGCACUUCCAUUUUAGACAAUUUACACCAAAUGAUGACGCGGUCCUGCAACUUAUGGUCAUAUCAAACACUACAAAUGGUUUCAUGAUGAUAAUGUGAUUUACUCGAGGCAGUAAAACGCAGCUGAAGCCCACACUACAGCAGGACUUUAGUACGUAGAACACUAAAUGUCUUGCUGGUGUAAAUCAAGACAGAAACACUUCUCUGUAAAGGUGCACAAACUUUUGCACUCCAUCAUAAACGACUCUGUUGCAUUUCUUUAAUAAACAGCAGCUGUGUUCAAAUGAAAGGUGAUAGAUUUUAUACUUGAUUAUCGGCACACAUCCUGUUCUUUACUUACGGCUACAUUCGUGUCUGGUCUGGUCUCCUGUCCCGGGGGCUGACGCUCAUUUACACCUCUGUGUUCUUGUUUUUUUGUGACGGCCGGUGGAGUCCGAAAUCCUGCGUCUCUGUAAUCGGUCCUCGCUAAGCACGAGGUGUUUGUCCGAUAAACAUGUGCAGAGAUUACAUUUUCUGGACAGAAAGUUAUGAAGGCUGGACUGUAAUCAUAAGUUGGAUGGGACGUGGUUUCCAUGGUAACCAUCAAGGUUACUUAGCUGAAUCAGAUUCGAUCCUGCGAUUUUCUACAUGGCGCCAUUUUAUUUUUAUAGUCUCACAGAUAAUUUAAUAACGUUUUUCAGUUAUUAAAAAAAAGAAAAAGCCAAUCAAAAACAGAGCCAUAAAAUCAGCAUAAACGCACGCAGUAAUAGGAAGAACGUCCCACUUACUGAUCUGUUUGUAAAUCUGGAGCGGAUUUAUAUUUUGAGGAACAUUUACACAACUUUUACUAAAAGAUGUUUCUUGCUGCCGUCUGAUGGAGGACAGAAGCAGAGUGAAGAGAGAGUAUUCUCACGUGUUUAGUG